AUGGAAGAUAUUGUACAACUAUUGAAAAAGAUACAAGAAGACAUUAAAGAAACAAAAGAUAGUGUCAAAAACAGUGAAAUAAAUUUACUUAACAAAAUCAACGAAAAAUUUGACGAUAUCCAAAGUAAACUGCAAAAUCUAGAGGUCACAGUUAGGUCACAAGAACAACGACUAGACCUUCUCGAAAAGCAAGCCAGGGAGAGAAAUAUCGUUAUUUUUGGUGUGGAGGAAAAAGAACAGAAUUACGAGGAUUUACAGAAUAAUUUCCUGAAGAUAUUCAGUGAUAUUACGAAAAUAGAUUGUACUAGUUUUGAAAUACAAGGUAUAAAAAGAAUUGGUAAAAAAUGCGAUAAACCUAGACCCGUUAUUGUUACAUUUUCUACAUUUAGGAGAAAAUUCGAAAUUUUACGCAACAAAAAAUCACUUGAACAAUUAAAUUACUAUAUAAAAGAAGAUUACCCACCAAAAAUUUUACAAAAAAGAAAAGAACUUCAAGAAAUUGCGAAGGAAGAGCGGGAAAAAGGCAAAAAAGUGAUAAUCAAAUAUGAUAAGUUAAUUGUCAUUCCACAAAAAGAGACAAGUGAAAACACAAAACGAGGAAGUAAACGCAAUCUUUCUGAAACUCCUCCUGACAAGAAUGGUAAAUUUACAAGGAAACCCAAAAAGACGACCCAAACCCAGAAAAGUAACAUCCUAACAUCUUACUGGACCGACAAAGGCACCCAAAAAUAUAACCAAAACGAAAAACACUUGAAUCCAGAGUCUACAGCAACACCUUAA